UUUCAGGAAAAAUAGGGUGAAGAAAGUGAUAAGGGUGGCGGCUAUCAGUUCAAUGAUGGCGGAUAUUCCAGCAGACGAUUAUUCAUGGAGGAAGUACGGGCAAAAGCCUAUCAAAGGUUCCCCAUAUCCACGAGGAUAUUACAAGUGUAGCAGCAUUAGAGGGUGUCCGGCGAGGAAACACGUGGAGCGAGCUCCCGAUGAUCCCUCUAUGUUGAUUGUAACUUACGAAGGGGAGCACCGUCACUCUCAACCUGCAACGCAGCAGAAUCUGGCUCCCGUCGUACUCCACUGAUCCUCUAGUCAACCUGAUAAUAAACAAUUACAACUAGUUUAAAUAUAUAUAAAAGAAGAAAAGUCGAGUAAGUGUAGCAGUGUUUUCUAUUACUAUG